AUGGAGAGACACAUUCUGCGCCCGCGAAUGGCACACGUCGACGCGUCCAUGCCCGCGUCGCCGUCGUCCCCGACCGCGAGCGCGUGGGCCGAUGCCUCGGCGCCGAUCACGGUGCGCGUGCACGUGUACGACCUCACGGGUGACGACGCGAUGCACGCCGCGGCGCGAAUGUGUGGCUUGGGAAUCCAUCACAGUGGGUGCGAGGUGUUGGAACGCGAGUACGCGUUCGGAUACCACGACGUGCGAGGGAUCACGGGGGUGUUCGACGUGGCGCCGAUGAAGGCGCCGAUGCCGGCGACGUACCGGGAGACGAUCGAGAUGGGAAGGAUCGACAUGACGCGGGAGGAGGUGGGCGAGGCGAUCGAUGAGUUGCGCGCGGCGUGGCCGGGGACGUCGUACGAUUUGUUGAAGCGGAAUUGUAACUCGUUCACGGAGGCGAUGGUGAUGCGGUUGACGGGGAAGAUGAUUCCGGGAUACGUGAAUCGGUUGGCGACGAUUGGGUGCUUGGCGAGGGAGUACGCGCCGUGUCUGCUGCCGACGAGCCUCGUGGGCGAUUUGCGGACGCUGCCGGCGGCGACGGGAGACGAGGGGUCGGACACCGAAGACGAAGAGGAUGCGGAGGAGGUCCAGUUGCUCGCGGUGAAUCCGGUGGAGGAGAUGAAGUGA